GGUGUACACAGUACGAGUACUUUUUAGUCUACUCAUACUUCCCGUAUUGUGCAGACGUGCUCUUCUUUGUGACUGUGCGCUCAACUUGUGAACCGGCUGGUGUAUUGGAUUAUAUGAUUGAUUGCUUUGAUUGAGAUAAUGGCGGAUAUCGAACAAUCUGCUGUUAAAAGAAAACGGCGGGCUUUUUUGUCUACCGAGAAGACUAUGAUUUUAAAUAUGUACCACGCAAUGAGAAAUGCAGACUCUUCGGCCUCCAAGGGUGACAUUCUGAAAGCAGUUGCAUCUUCUUUAGGUGUUCACUGGGCUUCUGUUCAUAGAAUUGUAAAAGAGAAGAAUGAUAGUGGCGAGCUAAAAUCUCCGAAGAAAUUGAAGCAACGUUUGUCAAUUGUUGAUACGAUUGAUAACUUUACAAAAUGUGCCAUCAGAAAUAUAGUCCACAAUUUCUUCGCGCAGAAUGAAAUACCUACUCUUGAUAAGAUUUUAAAGAAAAUCAGUGAUGAUGGCACUUUGGGCGUUAUAAAGAGAACGACGCUACAUAAAAUAUUGAAAAAAAUUGGUUUUAAAUUUUGUAAGAGAAGCAGAAACAGCUUAUUGCUGGAUCGCGAUGACAUAUUCUUUUGGAGAAGAAAUUAUCUGCGAGCUAUCAAAAAUGCACGAAAUAAUCAUCAAAAAAUCUACUAUUUAGAUGAAACUUGGGUGAAUGAAGGUCACACUACCUCAAAAGCUUGGGUCGAUACCACAGUGAAAAGCAGGCGAGACGCUUUUAUUAAUGGACUAACAACUGGCUUGAAAACACCUUCAGGAAAAGGCAAAAGACUACUUAUUACUCAUAUUGGGAGUGAGGAUGGAUUCGUCGAAGGUGGUCUAAAUAUGUUUGAGUCGAAGAAACAAGGCGAUUAUCACAAGGAGAUGAAUGCCGAAGAAUUUGAAAAUUGGUUUAGAGAAGUUUUAAAUAUGCUGGACGAUAAUUCUGUGAUAGUCAUGGAUAACGCUUCCUAUCACUCUAGGAAAAUAGAGCGAAUCCCAACGGCCAAAUCUAAAAAACAGGAUAUAUGUAAUUGGUUACGCGAAAAAAAUAUUAGCUGUAACGCUGAAAUGUUGAAACGUGAAUUAUUAAACAUUGUUAAAAACCAUAGACAGCGAUACGACGCUUGUAUUAUAGACGAAAUGGCAAAGUCACAAAACAAAACUGUACUGAGACUGCCACCGUAUCAUUGCGAAUUAAAUCCAAUUGAGCUAGUGUGGGCUCAAGUUAAAGGAAAUGUAGCUUCACACAUGAAAACACACAAAAUGGCAGAAUUAAAAAUUGUAUUAAAGGAAUCCAUUCAAUAUAUUGACGCAGAGAAAUGGAAAAAAUGUAUAAAGCAUGUCAAAGAAAUAGUUGAGCCCAAAAUGGAUGCCAUGGACAGAAAUGUGGAAGCAAUGACUGAAAGAUUCAUAAUAAAUGUAGGAAACGACAGUAGCGAUAGUACGGAGAGUGAUGAUGAUGAUGAUAUGUUAUGAAAAUGUAUACUAGGUAGAUAUUAUAAUAUAAUAAAGAAAAUAUAAUCAUUAACUCUCGAUUUUAUUUCUUUCCUUCAUAUCCAUCAGUUAAAUAAAAAAGUAGGUAACAAUAAAUAAAUUCUAUCAAAAUGUCUCUCAAUUAAUACGAUAGACGAAGCCGCAAGAAAAAACUAAGCGUACUUUUAAGAAGCGCAGUGUGAACGCACGUUUACAUUUCUAAGGUAUUGUUAACGCCCACUGAUCCUAAAAAAGUUUUUUUUGUCUUUGUCAUUUGUAUGAAAAUGUGCAAUAGAGAAGGCGCUAUACUAACUCGUCUCCGUGAAUACACU